AGGUCUUCUAGAGUGCAUAAAAGCAGAAGAUAAAAUUUUUGUCUUAUCAUGAAACUAUUAUCUGAAGGACAAUUAAAGUUUUGCGUCCAACCAAUACAUCUCACAUCAUGGUUGGUUGUAUUUUUCUUUCUGAAGUCAAUCUCUUCUCUAAAACCUGCCCGACUUCCAAUUUAUCAAAGGAAACCUUUUAUAGCUGCUUGGAACGCUCCAAUCGAUAAAUGUUUGAUAAAAUAUAAUAUAAAACUAAAUUUGAAAAUGUUUCAGAUUACUGGAAGCCCACUUGCCAAAGCUAGGGGGCAAAAUGUCACUAUAUUUUAUGUCAACAGACUGGGAUACUAUCCAUGGUAUACAUCACAGGGAGUUCCCAUUAAUGGGGGUCUGCCCCAGAACACAAGUUUGCAAGUACAUCUAAAAAAAGUUGACCAAGAUAUUAAUUAUUACAUCCCUGCUAAAGAUUUUAGUGGACUUGCUGUUAUAGACUGGGAACAUUGGCGACCUCAGUGGACCCGGAACUGGAACAAAAAAAAUGUCUACAGACAGAAGUCAAGAAAGCUUAUUUCUGAUAUGCUGAAGAAUGUAUCAGCUUCUGACAUUGAAUGUUUAGCCAAAGCAACCUUCGAAAAAAGUGCAAAAGCUUUCAUGAAGGAAACCAUCGAACUGGGAAUUAAGAGCAGACCCAAAGGUCUUUGGGGUUAUUAUUUAUAUCCUGAUUGCCACAAUUAUAAUGUUUAUUCCCCAAACUACACUGGGUCAUGCCCAGAAAAGGAAGUUUUGAGCAACAAUGAGCUCUCUUGGCUCUGGAACAGCAGCACUGCUGUAUACCCUUCUAUUGGUGUCAAGAAAUCCCUUGGAGACGGAGAAAACAUUUUGCGCUUCUCGCAAUUUCGGGUGCAUGAAUCCAUGAGGAUCUCCACCAUGACAUCCCACGAUUAUGCUCUGCCUGUGUUCGUCUACACUAGGCUAGGCUACAGAGAUGAACCUUUGCUUUUUCUGUCCAAGCAAGAUCUAAUCAGCACCAUUGGAGAAAGUGCUGCCUUGGGAGCUGCUGGCAUUGUCAUCUGGGGAGACAUGAAUUUAACUUCAUCCAAGGGCAACUGUACAAAGGUGAAGCAGUUUGUGAAUUCCGAACUAGGGAGCUACAUAGUCAACGUGACCAGAGCAGCUGAGAUGUGUAGUCUUCACCUCUGCAGGAAUAAUGGGAGAUGCAUAAGGAAGGCGUGGAGAGCUCCAGAUUACCUUCACUUGAAUCCUGCAAGUUACCACAUAGAGGCCUCUGAGGAUGGAGAAUUCAAUGUGAAAGGAAAAGCACAUGAUGCAGACCUGGCAGUGAUGGCGGAGAAAUUUUCCUGCCACUGUUAUCAGGGAUACGCAGGGGCUGACUGCAGAGAAAUGAAGAUUGUUGAUGGCUGUUCUGGGGUUUCCUCUUUUCCUGGCUCACUGGUAACACUAUGUCUGCUGGUUUUAGGAGAUUAUUUGAGCAUUCAGUUGUGAGAUAAUUGAGUUUAAAGAGA